GACAUGCUGGGACUGAUCAUUUUCUGCUCAAUUCUCAAAGAAACCAGUGGACAGAAAAUUAUCCACGUGUUCAGUAGUGAUGCUGAGAAUGCCACUAUGCCCUGCUAUGAUGCUCCUGCUGACUGCACAUCAACCACAUGGGCAUAUUAUAGCAAAAGAGGAUCACAAGGAAUUGAAUUAUUUAGUAAUGGAAAGAUACAUGACAGAGACAAACAUGACAGACUGAGUCUGGGCUCUGACUGCUCUCUUAACAUCUAUACAACCACAACUAAAGAUCUUGGAGUUUAUACCUGUUGGCUUGGGGUUAAAGAUACACAAAAAACUUUUGGCAAUGUUUAUUUUCAUGUUCUUCAGGUUUCUUCACCAUCUUCACAGACACAGAUUAGACCGGGAAGCUCUGUCACUCUCUCUUGUCAGUUACAUUUCUACUAUGAACAUUCUUGUGAAACUUUGCUCACAAGUGAGGGACUUCGGCUCAUCUGGGUAAAUGAGUCUGGUGUAAAUCUGCAAACAGACUCCAGAUUUCAGAUCUCAUCCUCUUUGAAUUAUUGUAACAUCAGUAUGACUACAAAACUUCUCAAUGAAGAUGACAGCACAGAAUGGAGAUGUCAGAUUACUAAAGGAUCUGAAGUAAAGACCUCGGUCAGCUAUACUGUCUCAUACCUGGCCUCAACUCCAACACCUGUAAAUACAACACAAGUGAUUUUUGCUGUACUUGCUGCUGUUGCUGCUCUACUUGUCCUUAUUGUUAUUAUUGGGUUAAUCUUAAAAAAUCGAGCAGGUAGGAAGGCAGAUCAUGCCGAGCUGAUCAGCAAUUUCACCCCAGUGACCCCAGCUGCUGCUGAUAUCAAUGGGAAGAUGAUGUGUGGGCAGAUGACUGAUGAUGUGGCUUAUGCUGAGGUCAUCACCUCCAGUAAUUUGUGUAAAGUAAGACGCAAUGUUCAGUCUGAUGACAAAGUCACAUAUGUUGCCAUCAGAGGUGGUAAAGUCUGACGUUAAGAUGAAGAGGUCAGGCAUUCACCAUAGCCACCAUCGUCCCCUGAACCCCACCUUUCCUGCCACGUCAAGACCCCUACAGAAGUAACUCCAUUAAACCAUAAUUCAGCCUACAGUUUACACCCCCAAACUUACCUGACAUUCAAUGUCCUUUAAUAGCUAUUGUUCUAUUAUGUAUGUUCAUUUCUUUCUCCUGGUUUCCAUGUUAAUCCUGUUACUGUCCAGGUUUGGGUAUGGAGGAGGCGAGGACUCAAGUGCAAAAUUUAAAAGAUGGAUUUAUUAAUAAAAA